GUCAGGCUUCAGUUUAUUGUUGGUGAUAGGCAAGAGACAGUGAACUCAGCUUUUCUUAUCACUGUUUAAGUUUUCCCUGGGAAAAUUCCUGUCUGAUGAGACAAAAAAUUAGAUGACAAAUGGAAACUUGCUUAUAGUUCUGAAUUUUCUGAAAGGUAUAUUUUCUGCAGUACAUAGCAUAUUAAUUUUUUUUAACCUUUUCCUUCUAAUGCAGUUAUCAGUUCUUAUACAGACUGAUGUGGAAAACUUGAAGUAAUGGUUAAGAUCUCAACUUUGACCUGCUGGUACAGUGUCAUGUACAAUGAAGUGCUUCUGAUGUACUGGAGGAUUAGUUUGACUAGGAUGAAAAGUAAUUUACACUUUGUUCCCUUACCAUUUCCUGCAACUGUUUAUUUUUCCUACAGUUACUGCUCAUAUUUCUUGCUUCCUUUUCAUAAUGAAACAAACCUGUAAUUUGUUGCUACUUAAAAAUACUGUUCUGCAUGUUAUCUUUCUUAUACUUCAGUGCUCUUUUACCUACACAGGACAAAUAACACUUUGAUGGGGAAGGGAACAGGUCGCAUCAAGGCUGUGAUGGAUCAGUUGAGUCAUGUAAAUCUAGUUUAUAAUUCUGAAUCAGAGUUAUUGACAUUUUCUGUUUAAAAACAGUAAAAUCUACCUUUGCAUUUUAGGAUGUCUGUUGUGUGUGCAUUAGGCUCUCCGAAGCUGAAUAUACUUUGUGAGACAACCUUUAGGAUUGAGGGUUUUUUUUUUUGUUGGUAAAUGAAAUUUCAUUUCAGUCUGGAAUUCAAAUGUGAGGUAUAAACUUAUUAACAAGCAAGAAGAAGCAUGUAUUCAGCUAAAUACCAAUUUAAGACAAUUCUUGCUCAUAGUGUUGUGUUGAAGUAAAAAUAGUAUUACUGUUACAGCAUGAGAUUUUGUCGUAGCUUAGGAAAUGUAAACCUGUUUGGGUCUGUUUGCAGCUGCUUUUUUAUUAGUAUGAUCUAAAUGCAGGUGACAGGUCAAAAGCUGUGAUCUUCUGAGCUCUAUUGCUAUUGGUUUUAUUCAUCAACCUCAGUAGUAUAUACUAAUGAGCCAUUGCUGCUGGAAACAGCCUUAAGGUUGUUAAAUGCAAUGUGUAGAUACUCUUUAUUGUUUGAGAUCUGACCCUGGCUUGAGAAGGAAUUUUAAAUCUUGUUGGUUAGAUACUGGAGGAUCAGUCUAAUUUCAUAUGCAUAUUUUCGCAUGUCAGAGCAAGUAACUCAACUGCAGCAGUAACAAAACUGAGAAUCUGGGGUAGAAAAAUACUUGGAUUUGAUGAAUAAUUUUGUAACUUUCUGAAAUGAUCAGAAACCCCAGACUAAGGUGUAAAAAGUUGGGGAAUGUUGGUGGCAUUAGCUAGUGAGUAAGCGUCAAAUCUAAGAAGUUAGAUGUGUUUCCUGCGAGCUAGAACUCUGGUCAUAGAUUACCACGUAGGAUGUUGAAGAAAAUAAGUCCUUCUGUAACACAGUUCCAAUACUACAACUACUUUGGUUGCUGCUCUGUUGGUUUGUCUUUCACACUGGAAAAUGGAGAUCAUGAAGUCUAUACCCAAGUUUAUAUAUUGAACAGAGUCAACUUCAGCUCAUCACGAAGGGGGAUACAGAAUGGUGCACCCAGUAGAGGUACAGUUACUACAUUCAAGUCUGACAGUCACCAUUAUGCACCAUCUGCCUCCAGUCCCAGUGCCAUGCCUGUUUCAUCCGUCUUUCAGUCUGUAUCCAGACCUACAACUAGCUCUGUAGCAGUUCAGCCAUUGUCUAUACCAGUGAAUGUUUCAGGAACUUCACAAACACCGCAGAGACCGGGCCCUGGAUGUUUAUCAACACAGCAGAUGCCUGGAUCAAGUUCGGGAGUAUCACAGCCUGUUAGCAGACCUGUAACUGUUCCAGUGACAACACAGCCAGUAUCGAGAAAUAUCACGGUUCCUGUAGUGGCUCAACCUGUAUCCAGGCCAGUGACUACUCUAACAGCAGAGCCUGUAAUACUCGAUCAGGAUUAUAUUAUGGAUUCUCCACCAGCUGCACCAGAUAAUACAUCUGGUAUACUGUUUGGCGUGAGAGAGAACUCGGGAGUCCCACAGUACCAGACUGGGCCAGCAGUGAAUGUAACAGGUACAGAUGCUGUAGCAAGCACCAUUAAAAAUGGAGGACCUUUUCCACGAGCCUGUCCGAAGUGCAAUAUUCAUUUCAAUCUUAUGGAUCCUCUAAAAAAUCACAUGAAGUAUUGUUGUCCAGAUAUGGUAAAUAACUUUUUCCUGGGAGUGGCCAAAACAGAAUGUUCGAGCGCAACAGGCAAGAUUGCUGAAUCUGAGAAAGGAAAAUUGAUUAUGUUAGUUAAUGACUUUUAUUAUGGGAAACAUGAAGGUGACACCCAGCAGGUACAGCAGGAGCAGAAGACUCAUACGACAUUUAAGUGCUUCAGUUGUCUGAAAGUUCUUAAAAAUAACAUAAGGUUUAUGAACCACAUGAAACAUCACUUGGAACUUGAGAAACAAAGCAGUGAAAGCUGGGAAAGCCACACUACCUGCCAGCACUGUUACCGUCAGUUUCCCACACCGUUCCAGCUGCAGUGCCACAUUGAAAGUACACACACCCCUUAUGAAUCAUCUACUAUUUGUAAAAUCUGUGAAUUAUCCUUUGAAACAGAGCAAGUUCUUCUGCAACAUAUGAAGGACAAUCAUAAGCCAGGUGAAAUGCCGUAUGUUUGCCAGGUUUGCAACUACAGAUCCUCAGCCUUUUCAGAUGUAGAAACACAUUUUAGAACAGUUCAUGAAAAUACAAAACAUUUGCUGUGUCCGUUUUGCCUCAAAGUAAUUAAAAUCGGAGCACCAUAUAUGCAUCACUACAUGAGGCAUCAGAAAAAAGGAAUAUACCGUUGCACUAAGUGCAGACUGCAGUUUUUGACAUGCAAGGAAAAAAUGGAUCACAAGACUCAGCAUCACCGAACAUUUAGGAAACCCAAACAGUUAGAAGGGUUGCCUCCUGGAACAAAGGUGACUAUUCGAGCAUCUCUUGGAUCUCUUCUAUCAGGAUCAUCGGCUAUGUCUUCUGUUAGUACAAGUUCUUCAACAUUUCAGUUAUCACCUAAAGCUAAAAAUACCACUAAAAAUCAUAGCAAAUCUAAUACAAAUAGGUCAAAAGCAAAAUCAAAACCAGCUACAUCAAAGAAGCAAAAUGCAUGGACCAACAGCAGGAAAAAAAAAGAAGUUACAAAUACAGCAUUGCAUAAUCUAAGGUAUCUUUCAGGAGUUCACAAAUGCAUUGAAUGUUACUCAGAAGUAAAAGAUUUUGCAAGCCAUUUUCCUGCUUAUGUCCACUGUAGCUUAUGCAGAUACAACACUAGCUGUAGCAAAGCAUAUGUGAAUCACAUGAUGAGUUUUCACAGUGCUCGCCCAAGUAAAAGAUUUUGGAUCUAUAAGAAGCAUUCAGAAGAGCUACGAGGUGUGACUGUAGUGUGUCUUAACUGUGAUUUCCUGACUGAUGUUUCUGGCUUGGAUAGCAUGGCCACACAUCUGAGUGAAAGCCACACUCAUACUUGUCAAGUUGUUAUAGAGAAAGUUUCUGUAGAUAUCCCAUCUGCUGAACAAGCAUCUGACAAACAAGAGCAUGACUCUUCAGACGAAACAAAAGAAUUCAAUAGAAGUCAAACUAAAAAAGUUGCAUCAGCUGAAAAGAAUGAAGAAAAGUCAUCAUUGUCAAAUACAGAAAAUGCUCCUAGUUUGGAACUCCCUGACAACAGCUCAAAGAAUUCUUUGCAUGGGAAAGGAGCAUGUUGUGAUUCAUAUAACAACAAACAAUUAGUAGAUGAGAAACAAAAAUGUAUUCAUGGUGAAAGCGAGUUAAGAACUUGCCAAAGUUCAGAUAAUGUUAUCUUGAAUGAGCAGACUAAAGUGCAUAGUUUGGAUGUAACUGCGCUUUCAGCAAUGAACCCAAGGGACUUAAAACUAACAUUAGGUGAAGAUGUUAGUUUUGAGCAGUUCUUGAGAAAAAGAGAUGAACCUGAAUCCAUUAGUUCAGACAUUAGUGAACAAGGUAGUAUUCAUUUGGAGCCUUUGACUCCAUCAGAGGUACUAGAGCAUGAAGCUACUGAAAUCCUUCAAAAAGGUAAUGUUCCACCUUCAGCAAAGAAAGCUGGACAACUCUCUGAACAAACAGAUGAGACUUCUAAAGAAAGCAAUCCCAACAGAAUGGAAACAGUUGUACACAAGACAGAUGAAAAUGAAGCAAGCUGAAAUUAUGUUAAUUUUAUUGUUUGUUAAAAACAAUGGUAAGAACACCAUGGACCAUUCCUGAUGAGUGUGCUCAUUUUCUAAUUACUAAAAACAGAGAGGGGUGGGAGAGAGAAGAGAUGCUGAAGUGAAGUCUUGCAUAUGAAGACAGCAUGUAUGUGUAUGUGCAACUGAUUUAACUAAAUUUACAAAAGGUGAUGUUCAGAUACAUCUUCCUGUCUCUUGGAUGUGAUGUAUGAUUGACAUUUGAAAGGAGGAAUAAAUUCUAAUUUUAUAGUUUACUAGCCUGGGAUAAGAUGAUUUGUUUGCCAAGAAAAUAUUUUUUUAAAUCCUUCAGUGUGAAUAUCAUUAAACAGUGGAACUUAGUAUGGAUUAACUUCUGAUGCUAAAAUGGAGCACACUUGCAAUGAUGGUUAUUGGUCUGCUGAUACUUUGGGUAAACCUAACCCAUUGGACUUGAUGUCACAUUCCUGUCUGUAGAAGCAUGUAAACAGAAUUAUGAGUCUGUGCACCUCUGUACAGGUGUAAUCCUGCCAGGCUAUAAGCUUACCUUAAUAAACUUUCAGUGAAAGUGAAACUAUUACAAUAAAAAUAUAUAUUUGUGGGGUUUUCAGUGUGCAGGCUGUGCAGAAAUACCUAACAUAAUUGUAUAAAGUAGAACAUAAUGCUGAAAGUACUGUAGCUGUUAGGCUUUUAUCGUUGUUUAUUAUGAUUCUUAGCCUUAGACCCAUAGGAAUGGUCUGUAAGUCACACCAAAGUCCAGUUUAAUGUAAAAAUUGUUUUAAGCAAAAUUAAGGAAAACCCCAGACUGGAAACAUCAACUGGCUUGCGUUCUGCCAUUUUGCAGCUGCUACUGGCAAACUGUUACAAAAAGGACACAAGGGCAUAUAAAGUGGAAUUGUACAGUUCAAUUUCAGGACUUUUUUUGUAGUCUAAAUGGUGUACAGAAGGAUGGCUGCUGAUUUUCAUUUAGUUUCUUUUGGUUUUGUUUUUGUUUUCUUUGUCUUCUAGUUAGCAGCUAGAUGUAGGAAUGCAUCUGAUUAACAGUAGCUUGCUCUUAUGACUUCAUUGCUCCAUUUGAAACAUUCAGAAUGUGCUUUUGACUUACAGUUUUGUUUUUAAUGAAUGCUAAAUGUUUUGAACAGCUGUUAAAGCACUGCUGUAAAUUAUUACUUUUUGAGUAAAUAUUUGCAACAAAA